CUGCAACAAAAUGAAAGCCAUCGUGGAGGAACCACGUUCGAAACCGACCUUCCGAGUACCAUAUCAGCUAAGCCCCACAGAAUUAGCAAACAUGAAGAAACAGAUCGAGUAUCUCCUCGCCAAAGGACUCAUCCGACCAUCCACUUCUCCAUACACUGCCCCGGUACUCUUCACACCGAAACCGGACGGAAGCCUGCGCAUGUGCAUCGACUACCGGGCUCUCAACAAGCAGACCAUCAAGAACAAGUACCCAAUUCCACGAAUCGAUGAUCGGCUUGACCAGCUUCGGGGAGCCACGGUAUUUUCAAAACUAGAUCUGCGGUCCGGAUACUGGCAGAUACGAAUGGCGGACAAUUCUGUUCACAAAACUGCCUUCCGAACUCGGUACGGAUCGUACGACUAUCUGGUAACACCGUUCGGACUCACCAACGCACCUACGAUGUUCCAAGCAGAGAUAAAUCACAUCCUACGCCCACUCUUGGACGAGUGCGUGGUGGUGUACUUGGACGACAUCCUCGUCUACUUGUGGGACAUGCAACAACACGUCGAACACCUGCAACGCUUCUUCGAGAUUCUUCGACGAAAACCCUUCUACGUCAAACUAUCCAAGAGCGACUUCGCCCUUGAGAAAGUCCAAUUCCUCGGACAUAUCGUAAGCACUCAAGGAGUUCACAUUGACCCUAAGAAAAUCGAAGCCGUGCGUAUGUGGAAAACACCCGAGAACGUGAAGCCAUGUCAUCCGCAUACCAUCCGCAGACAGAGGGACAGACCGAGCGUCUUAACCAAAUUGUGGAGCAACUCCUCCGCGCAGCCUGCAAGGACGAAAUCUCCAAGUGGAACUUGCAUCUGCCCGUCCUUGAGUUUGCCUACAACAAUGCUACUCAUGCCGCUACUGAACAGACGCCGUUCUUCCUCUGUUACGAACGCCACCCACUCACACCUCAACAGCCAAACAUAUCAGCCACACGAGAAAGGCCGGAAGAUGUCAAGGCUCAAUGACGAUGUUCGUCUGCGAAACACGCAGCUUGAGGAGGAAGCACUUGCUUCUAGAGACGAACUUCAACGACAGACGGUGGUCACCACUACGUCGCUGAGGGCGGUUUGGGAAAAGGCUUUCCAACCUCAGGCUCGGAGCACUCCUUAAUUCCCCUCUUAAGCUAAUCAAAGCUGUGAUCAACAGCGAUGGGAAGAAGUGCUACAAGAAGGACACUGAGUUCGCACUUGCAUG